AUGACUAUUACCACCUCUCCAGGAUGCAGCUGGGGUCCUUCUAUUCAAUCUCAAAAUGCCUCAUUCAACUGCAUCGUAUCAGGAACCAUGACCUCUGCCGGAUGCACUGCUACUCUGACCAACGAAAGCUUCCAAGCAGACUGCGAUGAAUACAAUCAAUGUCCUUUCACGGAAAUCAACAAUAUUAAGCAGACUUUAACUUGUGAUGGCUCAACGUGGAAUAUCACCACUGCAGUUGGCAGUCAGAAGGUGACAGGGACUGGAACAUGCACUUGCCAGGCAGUUGAUGCGACAUCCAACUCUUCAACCUCAGCAACAGGAUCUAGUACCCAGGCAACUGUGAGUGCCGGAUCUUCAACCCCAAGUUCUGGAUCUUCAACCCCAAGCUCUGGAUCUUCUACUUUGGUGCGCACCUCCACGGCAUUGCUUAUGCUUUACGUAGUUGCUUUCAGCAUCGUAGGAAACAUGUGA